AUGCAAGAGAUGUGCCGCAACAACCUUGUGCUCGUCUGCACCUUCAAAUCUGUGAGUUGCCCGGUUUGUCCACAGAAGCUGCAAAAGCUCUUCAUGGAGCCGCUGCGAAGCCUUUGCCGCGAAGCCAUGGUCAAAUGGAUUGUGCUCAGUCCGGGGCCCCCUGCAGCGCUCAAGGCGCUGAGAGAUCAGCUCCAUCUCAAGGAAGACGUACCUUUCGUUUGUGAUGAAGACUUGCAAAUCGCAGCAUCUGUGAAUGCAACUCCGAACAUCGGGCAAAUACUGCCUUGCUUCUUCGAGAUUAAGGCAGACCUGUCGGUUGGCUGGAGCCACAUUGACCGAGGCAGCGUCUUCGGCGACACGAAGGUUCAGGAGUUCUUGACUUGCAGGCUGAACGAGGCUUGGGAACUCGCUGAAGCGGCCUACUGCCAGCUCGAGAUCGCUAUCCAAAGAGUGCGAAGCUCACCCGAAGAGCUACAGCUUGGCAGCCAAGGCCACGUUCCAUCGCCGGUCAUCCGCGACAUGUUCCAAUUCUUGGAGCAUUGGGAAGGCAAGCACCUGGCAGGCAGCAACCGAGAGCUCCACAGGACCUUCAGCUCCUUCGGGAUGCAGAAGGCAGAAGACUGCUUGGAGGAGGCCAAGUUCUUCCGCGGAAGGAGCAUGCUUGAGCAGAAUGCUGAGCUUCAAGAGGGCCGUGGGCGCUUGCUCCAACGAGUGCUGAUCACUGGCGGUACCUGGCAAAGAUGUCCUGGUUCGAUCAGACAGGCUUGCCAAGAUGGAAGCUACAUGGUGCUAGUCUACUCGUCUAUGGGACUUCAAAACUUAGAGGCCUCCAACCUUGAGGCUAUUCCUUGGUGCAGCAUGUCCAUCCCACGCUUGGAGGAAGUGCGUGCAUCCAUGCUGCAUCAUAUUGAUCUUCUCGGCCAGCCCAUCAAGCGGUCAUCCCUUUUGCCCGCAGACGAGCCUACGCCAGCGAUUAUGCGCAAGUCUACCUUGCGCCGUAUCGGGUUUGCGGUUUUGAGUGGCAUUGCCAUCUGUUUCGUGUUUGCCGCGAUUGCAGACGAGUUUUUCGACAAACGAGGUCAACCCGUGCCACAGAACGCGGCAAACAGCGCGCGGGAGAUUGCCACGACAUCCAUCAAGAACAAGCCGCUCUCGGCGGCAAUCUUGGUCACAUGUAUGGAGAAGGUCAGGGAGCUCGCCGCAAGAGAGAUUGCCAACACAUUGCGGAGUCUCGGGACUGCCGCGGAGGCGCACCGAAAUGUGCCGAUGUGGUCUCGUGGACCUGCCGCUUUGCACGGCGCUUUCCAGGGCAGCGUUGUGCAUGGCGCUGCACGGCGCAUCAGCCUGACCCACAAGGCUCCACUGGCAGCUAGCGUGACCCGACCUCUGGAGCAGCUCGGAUCUCCCUUGGAUGCAGCUGCCCGCAGAGCCGCGUGGAAGGAGGCUGUGAGCUUGCUCGUGUCGGCCGUGCUUGCGCGACAGCAGCCACUCUGCAGCCGGAAAAGUGUUGGAAAGCUGUUGGGUGCGUGCGCUGCUCAUUGGCCCCUAUCACUCUCGCUCCUGACGCUGGCCGGUCGCAGCAGGUUAACUCUCGAUCUGCGAGCCUUCUGCGCCGUCGCGGCUGCGGCUACGGCCAGCAGGGCGUGGCGCCGGGCUCUGGAGCAACUCAAGGAGGCCUUUUGCCUUUUCGAACCCGACGAUGUAUCGGCCGGCUUGGCUGCGGCAGCUGGAGCGCACGGACCGUGGCAACUGGCCUUCGCGAUUCUCGCCGAUGCACGCAGGCGGCAUCUUCUGAACUUCGCGAGCUAUGGCUCGGUGAUAGGUGGACUUGCGCAAUCCUCGAGCUGGAGGCGUGUCCUCGUCAUUUUGGAUGAGAUGCGCAAGAACGGCCUGUCGCCGAAUGUUGCCACGUACAGUGCUGCUUUGAAGGCGCUUCAAAGCGCUGCCCAAUGGAGAUGCGCUUUGCAGCUCUUCCGGGCAUCGCGAUCAGAGGUCAUUCCAGAUGCAAUUCUCUGGACCUCCGCCAUCAGUGCGGUGCAAGAAGGAGGCAACCACUGGGCUCUGGCCUCAUGGAUACUGGGUGAAGCUCAUGGCGGCCGCCUCCAGGUUAACAUGCACAUGUGCAGCGCUGCCAUGAGCGCAAUGGAGAAAAGCUCUGAAUGGCAGCAUGCGCUGCUCCUGUUCGCAACGUGCAGCUCGCAAAUGCGGCCGGAUGCCGUAGCCUGCAACGCCGCGCUGUCAACCUGUGGUCAGGGCAGUCGUUGGGAAAUCGCUUGUCACCUCCUUGAAACCUUCACGGCCGGGCACUUCGGCCUGAAUGCCGCUGCCCAGGCUUUUGCCAAGGCAUUCAGCUGGAGAAGGUGUCUACUUCUGAUGGCGGAUCUCACUCAGCGAAGCGGAGUUCGUGAAGCGGCUGCUUCUGCGGCACAGGAGGUCCACCUGCAGCUCCCGGUACUGCCGCCUGCUCCGGGCAAGCGGCGGGCUCUGCAGGCAGCUUUACGCCAGAGCUUGGGCGCGCGGCCGUUGGACAAGGCCCUGCCCUGGGCCUCUGGGUUCUGGGUCUCUGGCCCGGACCAUCCCAACCAGGCCUUCCGACAUGCUCUUGGAAGGCAGAUUCUCUGA